AUGGCAGCUCCAUCACCUUCGUAUAGCCAUCACCCGUCGUCUGAUUCAAAUCACCACGACGAUGCCAAUUCGCCCAAUCUCCCAUACGAUCCUCCUCUCACCUUCUCCACGGUCAUCGACCAUGACCACAACAGCAUCAACAAAUUCGCGGGUCGCCUCCUCCGGGCCAAGGCGCCGCAGGACCGCGCUCGUCUGCUAAAGGAGGUAACGUGGCGCCUCGUCCGGCACGACGUCUCAGAGGACCUUGUCAUGCGUCCCGCAUUCAUCGAGCACCUCGGUGACGAGGGCGUGCAUAUGGCCGAGCACGACCGGACGGACCACGAAAGAGCUCGCUCCGAACUUCUCGCGCUCUUCCACGUUCCACUUGAGGGGGACAAAUUCCUCGUUGCCCUGCGUGCACUGUUUGCCGAGCUGUUGGAGCACAUGAAGAUCGAAUCGGGUCAGCAGAUCCCACAUUUGGAACACAUGCUGGACCCCGAGGAGAGCCAGAGGCUGGGCAGGGAGUAUCUCAAGACCCAACGCCUCACGCCGGAGCUGGAGAUCGUCGACAAGUCCACCGGCGCAAGAAGGAGGGUGUGGAGGGACGUGGAGGACUUUGCCAGGACCGAUCUCUACAGAUUCAAGGAAAUUUGGGAGGAGUUGAAGUUGAGUGAGGGACCGGUGGACGGGCAAGCUCAAGCCCUCCACAGGAGGCUUGAUCGGGGAAAAUUAUAG